UCCUUAAAAGGGUCCUGGAAUCUCUUUCUCUCUCUCUCCUCCCCUGACUCUCUCUGAGAUGAUGAGAUGUGCUUCGGGUGCUGAAAAGCCCACGUUGAGGACCCAUCUCUUCUUCAUGGAUUCCAUUCUAUUCUAUUUCUAGUGUGCCACAAUUUCAGGGCAGCUCCCGUCCCUUGGUAUUUGCACUCUAUCACUCCUUCAUGUUCUCUCUCUCUCAUAUAAAAGUAGUCUCAUCUUUCUUCUCUUUUGUUUUCUAAAUAUGGGUUUCUCUACAACUCUGUUUCUGGAAAAGAAGAAGGUUUUCUUGUUUGUCUAUUGAGGAUUUAUAUACUACAGCUCCUCAAAAGAAGCUGGUAUUUUGAUGGUAAUGCUGUAAAAAGACUGGAUUUUUAUCCUGCAGCAGUAUGGACAGUUCUUAUUUAGAGGGAUUGAUGCUUGAUCCGUCAAAGUGCAGUAAGUUGAGCAUGGAUGAGAAAAGGGAACUCGUCUAUGCUCUGUCAAAAUGGUCACAUGGUGCACCGGAAAUGCUCCAGUCCUGGAGCCGUCAAGAGAUAUUGGAAGUCCUUUGUGCGGAAAUGGGAAAGGAAAGGAAAUAUACAGGCUUGACGAAACUGAAAAUAAUAGAGCAGCUUUUGAAAAUUGUUUCUGAAAAGAAAUCUCAAGAACAUGCUGCUGCUAUUGAUCUUGAAGCUGGAGCUUCAUCAGAAGUUCCACAAAAGACUGCCAAAAGGCAGAGGAAAACUGAUAAUCCCGUUCGCCUGCCUGUUACUGUAAAUACAAUCUCCACGAAUAGUGUCAUUGAGGAUUUGGAAAAUCCUGUAUAUUGUAAAAAUUCAGCUUGUAGAGCCAGACUAUUUCAUGAUGCUGCAUUUUGCAAGAGGUGCUCAUGCUGCAUUUGCCGUAAGUAUGAUGACAACAAAGAUCCUAGCUUGUGGUUGAUUUGCAGCUCAGAACCCCCAUUUCAAGGUGUAUCAUGUGGCAUGUCAUGUCACCUUGAUUGUGCCCUAAGACAUGAAAGAUCUGGCAUUCUAAAGGAUAAGCUGGAUAACAGGCUAGAUGGGAGUUUUUAUUGUGUAGCUUGUGGAAAAGUGAAUGAUAUCCUUGGAUCCUGGCGAAAACAACUAUUAAUAGCAAGGGAUACCAGAAGGGUUGACAUACUGUGUUAUCGGGUUUCCUUGUGCCGAAAGAUUCUUGCUGGUACCAAACAUUACCAGAAGUUGUAUGACAUUGUGGAUGAAGCAGUGAAGAAGCUUGAAGCAGAUGUGGGGCCUUUAACUGGUUUACCAGUGAAGAUGGCUAGGGGGAUUGUCAACCGGCUAUCUUCUGGCCCAGAGGUUCAGAGACUCUGUGCUUUUGCCAUUGAGUCACUUGACACCAUGCUUUCAGAAAGAGUACCUGAUAUGUCAGAUUGCAAGGUGAUGAGUGCUAAAUUGGUGACGUUGGAAGAUGUCUGCACCUCAUCUGUCACUGUGACUCUGAAGUUUGAAGAUUCAUCUCUUGGAAAUUUAGUUGGUUAUACCUUAUGGCAUCGCAAAUAUGAUGAUUUGGACUAUCCGACAGAACCUACUUGUACAUUGUUUGCUCCAAACUCGAAAUUUUAUCUCUCUGGUCUAUCUCCAGAUACAGAUUAUCAUCUCAAGGUUGUGUCCCUUGAUAGUAAUAGGGAGCUGGGGAUGUGUGAAGUUAGUUUCCGAACAGCCACUACUGAAACUGAAGCUACUAAUCCCAACUCUAAAGAUAUGGAAGUUGGAAGGAGUGAAAGUCCAGCGACCAACUGUAGUAGCCUGUCUAAUCCCUCAUCGGUGGAAGAUGAAACUAAUAAUGUCAUUCCAUGCAGCAAUGAGGAUGAGACUAGAGGGGAUAACUAUCAUGACCAUCACAAUACCCUUGAAAAAAUGGUCUCUACAAAGGUGUAUAAUGGCUAUACAGAUACUAUUGAAAGAGGACUUACUGGUGAGACGAUAUCCUUGUUGGAUGAGGAACAUAGCAUGGGAAAAAUUUGUUCUGCACCAAAUAGUGAUGCUGUGAAUCUUGAGAGCAAGCCCUCACCAGAUGGCCAGAUGAUGGAGGACACCAGCACCGAAAAUGGAUCAAAUACUCCUAGGCAGACUGGGCUGGACUGUGUUCCACUGGCUGGUGCCUCGGAAGCUCUCCUUCCAAUAACACCCUGCAAACUUGAUAAGAUGAAGGAUGGGCUCCAAAGGAGCUGCAGACCCAAGCUCAUAAUUAAGGACCUUGAUAUUGGUUCAGGGAAGGAGGAGGAACCACAAGCUGGCAGCUCUUCGAAGAAGAGAAGGCUAGAAAGGCUAGAUGACGAAUCUGCUGCAGUAGACAAGGAUUUUGAGUAUUAUGUAAAGGUCAUCAGAUGGUUGGAGUGUGAUGGGCAUAUCGAGACUGGAUUCAGGAAGAAGUUCCUGACUUGGUACAGCUUGAGAGCUACCCCGCAGGAGGUGAGGAUUGUCAAGGUGUUUGUUGACACGUUUAUUGAAGACCCCGAAUCCCUCGCAGGACAGCUUGUUGACACCUUCUCUGAUGUCAUUUCGAACAAAAGAUCAACCACUGUACCCGCAGGUUUCUGCUUGAAGCUUUGGCAUUGAAGGUUGCCAACAGAUUGUGCUUCCACAUUUUAUGGCUCUAACUCAAAAGUUGGAGAAGGUUAUCUAGGUUAAUUCUUUGGACGUUAUGAAAUGUUAUGUUUCUCCAUUUGACUCGAUUAUUCAAAUUUUAAUGAUUAGGAUAUUCAAGAUUGACCUAUUGGCAAUUUAGCAUACCAUACCUACUGUUACAAGUCAAACUAGUAUAUAAAUUAUUUUCUUUUCGCGGGA